UCUCGUCACUUUUUAUUUUAAUAUACCUCUUCUACUCUUGGCUUUGGAAGAACUAGUUUUAGUCAAAGAAAGAGUUUUCAAUCUUGUUAUUUCAGUAUCAUUUUCCAUGGCUGCAUUUUGGAUCAACAGCGCCCCAGAAAGGCAACGCCAUGUAUUCCUUUGUUCAUCAGCUAUAUCUAUGCGCUGCUGCUUUGUCUCAGAAAUAAUCAAAGCUUGAAUAUAGAGUUGAAGAGCUGAAAAAGGAUUCUGGACUUGGCAAGGAACCUCUCUCUGGUUCUUGAAUCUGAGUUUUAAGAAAAUGGAUUGCUGCUUUGUUUUUUGUUUGCUUGGAGUUGCCAUUUUUUUUUUCUGUUAUUUGAGUAAAAUUAAUUCAUAUUUUUGUUUGUUGGGAUUUUUUUCUCAGGUUAUAGGAGCUUCUCGUGGAUCUUCAUAAAAUUGCUCUUUAAACAGCAAGUAUCAUUUUCCAUGGCUGCAUUUUGGAUCAACAGCGCCCCAGAAAGGCAACACCAUGUAUUCCUUUGUUCAUCAGCUAUAUCUAUGCGGUGCUGCUUUGUCUCAGAAAUAAUCAAAGCUUGAAUAUAGAGUUGAAGAGCUGAAAAAGGAUUCUGGACUUGGCAAGGAACCUCUGUCUGGUUCUUGAAUCUGAGUUUUAAGAAAAUGGAUUGCUGCUUUGUUUUUUGUUUGCUUGGAGUUGCCAUUUUUUUUUCUGUUAUUUGAGUAAAAUUAAUUCAUAUUUUUGUUUGUUGGGAUUUUUUUUUCAGGUUAUAGGAGCUUCUCGUGGAUCUUCAUUAAGUUGGCAUAUAAGGUUGGAAAAUUGCUCUUUAAACAGCAAGUUUAUAGGAGCUUCUCGUGGAUCUUCAUUAAGUUGGCGUAUGAGGUUGAAAAUUGCUCUUUAAACAGCAACAUAAGCUUUUUUUCCAAUAUUUUAACUCCUUUGGAUUGAAGGUUAUGCAACUUCUCCAUGGUGCUUGGAUGACCUAGAGAAGAAACAGGUGGUUUGACUGAUUUUCUACCAAGUAGAUCCAUCUGACCUACAUUAAAGAGCUUGGAAAAUUUUUAGAUGAACGUGGAGAAGGUGCAAAGUUUAAUAUCUGUCUUGUCAGAAGCUGCCAGUCUAUCUAGAUGCAUCAUUGGCCUUCUAACUCACAGGAAAUUGCUGGAGAUAUUUGGAAGACAUUGAAUAAGAGAUGUCCUCUACUUCCCCUAUAGAUUUUGUUGGAAUUGAUUCGCGCAUUGAGAGAGUUGAAUCCUUGCUAUGCAUUGGAUCAUUGGAUGUUCGCAUUGUUGGAAUAUGGGGAAUGGGUGGUAUAGGAAAGACGACUAUUGCUGAAGCUGUGUUCAAGCGUAAUCUUGCUCAAUUUGAAAGCUACCACUUCUUUGCAAAUGUGAGGGAAGAGUCAGAAAAACAUGGGUUUUUACAUUUACGAAGUGAGCUUCUUUCUAAAAUAUGUGGGAAAGGAAAUUUUAAUAGAAGAACUCCCAAUUUCGGGUUCUCUUUCGGCAAGAAUAGGCUUUGUCGAAAAAAGGCCCUUAUUGUUCUUGAUGAUGUGAAUAGCUCAAUGCAAUUGCAAGAACUGUUAGUUGAUUCACGUCAUUUGUUUGGCCAAGGAAGCAAAAUCAUUGUAACAAGUAGGGAUAGGCAAGUGCUCAAAAGUGGAGUUGAUGAAAUAUAUGAGGUUGAGAGCUUAAAUCGUGAUGAAUCUCUUCUACUCCUUAGCGUGCAUGCUUUUAACCAAAAUCACCCCUUCCAAGAGUUUAUGCAGUUAUCAAAGAGUGCAAUCUAUUAUGCAAAAGGCAAUCCACUAGCCCUUAUAGUUUUGGGUUGCUUUUUGUUUGAAAAAAGGAAACAGGAUUGGGAAAUUGCAUUGAAUAAACUGAGAAGAACAUCAAAUGUGGGAAUAAAGAAUGUCUUAAGAUUAAGUUAUGAUGGAUUAGAAACCGAAGACAAGGAAAUAUUUCUUGAUAUUGCAUGUUUCUUUAAAGGCGAGGAUGUAUAUUUUGUGAAAAGAAUACUUGAUGGCUGUGGUUUCUCUAUGGAUUUAGGAAUUAACAUUCUUGUGGAUAAGUCUCUCAUUACUAUUUCAAAUAACAAGUUGUGGAUGCAUGAUUUGCUACAAGAAAUGGGUUGGGAAAUUGUUCAGAAAGAAUCUAUUGAAGAACCUGGCAAACGUAGCAGAUUGUGGCACCACGAGGAUGUCUAUCAUGUGUUGACAAAAAAUACGGGGACUCAAGAGGUUGAGGGCAUAGCUUUAGACCUCUCUCAAACGAAAGAGUUGCGCUUGACCUCCAAUACUUUCAAGAAGAUGUAUAAUCUUAGAUUGCUCAAGUUUCAUGAUUCUGACUUUGAAAAUUUCGGUAAAGUGCACUUUCCUGAUGAAGGCCUUACAUUUCAUUCAAAUAAGUUGCGAUAUCUCCACUGGUAUAGGUACCCUUCAAAAUCCUUGCCAUCUAACUUUUGUCCUGAAAACCUUGUUGAGCUCAAUCUUCCUCGUAGCAAUGUUGAACAACUCUGGGAAGGAGUGCAGGACCUUGUGAAGCUGAAGCGGAUCGAUCUCAGUUACUCUGAGUAUUUGAUUCAAAUCCCAGAUCUUUCAAAUGCUAAAGAACUUGAGAGUUUGAAUCUUAAAGGGUGCACAAAUUUGGUUGAGGUCUCCUCAUCUGUUCAGAAUCUUAACAAGCUUGAAUAUCUGAAUAUGGAAGGUUGUAAAAAUCUUAGUUGUAUUCCGAGCACAGUUGCUUCCAAGCUUGUAAGAACUUUGAAUCUGGUUGGUUGCUCAAAUCUCAAGAAGUUCCCAGAGAUUGCAGGAAAUGUGGAAGAAAUAUUUUUAAAUUACACUGCUAUAGAAGUUGUUCCCUCAGCAAUUGAGUGCCUUACCAAGCUUGUCUCUUUGUAUCUCACAAGCUGCACAAAGCUCAGAAGUUUACCAAGCCACAUUUGCAAGUUGAAAUGUCUUCGAAUGCUGAAUUUAUCUGGCUGCUCGAAACUUGAGAGUUUCCCAGAAAUUUUGGAGGCUAUGGAAGGUUUGAAAUACCUUUAUUUGGCUAACUGCAGAAAUCUUCAGAGUCUUCCGAACAGCAUUGGUAAUUUGAAAAAUCUUGCAGAGCUUGAUUUAAGAGGGACAAUGAUUAAAGAGCUACCCUCGUCCAUUGAGCAUCUAACUGGCCUUGAUCAGUUAGAACUACAGAACUGCAAAAGCCUGGUGAACCUUCCGGACAGCAUUUGUAAUUUAAAAUCCCUGAAAAAUCUUCACAUCCAUGGUUGUCCAAAACUUGACAAGUUGCCAGAGAACCUGGAUAAUUUAGAAUCUCUGGAGGAUUUAGAUAUAAGUGGAAGUGCUGUAAAACAACUGCCAUCCUCUAUCAUACAUUUAAAAAGUCUCGGAAGGUUAUUGUUUAGAGUUCAAGAUUCAGCAGGUUUAUUACAAAUUCCCACAGCAAUAGACAGACUAUCCUCAUUGAAGAUGCUAUUUCUAAGUGGAAACAACUUCGAAAGCAUACCUGCAAGCAUUGAACACCUUUCUCAGUUGCACUCGCUUGACGUGGCCUACUGCAGAAGGCUUCGCUCUCUGCCAGAGCUUCCUGGGAGUCUACAACAUCUAUAUGCACAUGAAUGCACAUCAUUAGAAAGUGUACUUAGCAGCAAACACUUCUCUGAGAUAGAUUAUAUGCUUGAAAGUCGCAAUUUCAAGCAUUUUGCAUUUACCAAUUGCAUCAAAAUGGAUCAAAAGACUCGCAGAAGCAUUCUUGCAGGCACAGAGCAGAGAAUUCAAGUUGUGGCUACUGCGUCAGAUCAACUAUAUAAUGAUGAAAGGGGUUCGGUUAAAAUUCAUUUGCCUGGCGGUGAAAUUCCAAUGUGGUUCUGCAACCAAAAUUUGGGAUCUUCAGUCAGUAUGCAGCUUCAUUCAAGCUACAGUCAAUUAAAGGGAAUUGCUUUAUGUGUUGUGCUCGAAUUUGAGGAAAAUUAUGUGGAUCCCGGUUUGAUUGUUAGAUGCAAAUGCCACUUCAAAACAAACCACGGUGGAAGCAGUGAUCUGAAUUUCAAUUUGAAUAACUGGCUUGAACAGUAUUACAAACCAAUUCUCUUUAAGUCAGAUCAUUUGUUUGUAUGGGAUGAUCCUUGCUUUGAAGCUAAUAUAAUUGAUGAAGAUUGGUUUGGUAAAUACAGUGAGGCCACUUUCGAAUUCUUUCCUCUAGAUUAUAAAGAAAACCUCUUGCGGAAUUGCAAGGUGAAGAAGUGUGGAGUUCGUCUGCUACUUUGUGAGAGGAUAGCCAUCAGAACCUAUAAUUCUGAUGAGGAAGAGGAACCAUGUCCUAAGAGAUUGAAAUGUCUCCAAGAAUAGCCAUGUGAAUCUGUACUUUUUCUUCACCAGUGUCUCUCUGUUUGAAAUGUAGAUGUUCAUGUUUCAGUAAUAUAUAUAGACUAGUUGGCAAAUUGAUGCAUGAACUCUCUCUCUAUCUCUCUCUCUUUCUGUAUAUGUUAUUAUCAUUUGUUGUAAAUUCUGAUAAAAAUGGAUUGCCUUGAUCAGGCUGAUGAAGUAAUUGCUUUCUUUUAUUUGACCCA